AUGGCGAAGCUGCUGGUCGACGUUAACGUCAAACGGCGGAGCUGGGCGGUCAGUGCCGUGCUCGCUGCCGUCGUGAUGACCGUGCCUCUCCUCGUCAUCAUCCUCAGUGGGAGCAAUUUUGGAGCACCGGGGAUUUGGAUUCAGACUGCCGUGGCCGGCUUACGCAAAGGUUCGAAUGAUCUCGCCAUGCAGCCGAGGUCGUCAGCGCGGCGCCACGAUAGGCUUCUCGGCGGCCUACUGGUUGACGGCUUCAACGAAGAAUCCUGCCACAGCCGGUACCAAUCCGCCACGUACCGUCGAAACCCCGGCAGGCAACCCUCGACGUACCUCAUCUCCAAGCUGCGGCGGCACGAGUCCCUGCAAAUGCGGUGCCGCCCGGGCACCGCCGCCUACAGCAACGCCCUUGCGCAGCUGAAAUCCGGCAAGAGCGUCGCGUCGCCGGAGUGCAGGUACAUAGUCUCCGUGCCCAUCGAAGGCCUCGGAAACAGGAUCCUCGCUGCAGCGUCGGCUUUCCUGUACGCGCUGCUCACGGACCGCGUCGUCCUCGUCGACCCCAGCAACGACAUGGACAACCUGUUCUGCGAGCUGUUCCUCGGAGCCACGUGGCUGCUGCCGCCGGAGGGCUUCCCGCUGGCAAGCUACGCCAACUUCAGCAUCGACACCGCCGAGACCUACGGGAACGUGCUGAAGAACAAGGUGAUCGGCGGCGGCGCAGACGCCGCCACCACCGAUGCGCAGCUGCCCGCGUUCGCGUACGUCUACCUCCACAGCGACGCCGGCAUCCACGACAGGAACUUCUUCUGGGACGAAGACCAGAGGCUGCUCCGGCACGUCCAGUGGCUGGUGAUGAGCACGGACAACUACAUCGUGCCAGGGCUGUUUCUUACGAAAGCGUUCCGAGGGGAGCUCGGCAAGAUGUUCCCGGAGUGCGACGCCGUGCUCCACCACCUCGGCAGGUACCUGUUCCACCCCAACAACCACGUCUGGGGCCUCGUCACGCGCUACUAUGACGCCUACCUCGCGGGCGCCACGCAGCGCGUCGGCAUCCAGGUGCGCGUCUUCGGUGGCCAGCCGAAUUCGCCCGAGAUCCUGGAGCAGAUCACCUCGUGCACGCAGAAGCACAAGCUGCUCCCGGAAGUGCUCGCCGCGGGAGAGCCGACGACGUUGCCAGCGUCGCGUGCCAAGAAGAAGUCUAAAGCCGUUCUCGUCACGUCCCUGAAGCCCUGGUGCCAGGAGAAGAUCAGGAGCAUGUACUGGGAGCACGCGACGGCCACGGGGGAGGUGGUGAGCGUGCACCAGCCGAGCCACGAGGAGUACCAGCGCUUCGGCGUCAAGUCGCACGACACCAAGGCGUGGGCCGAGAUCUACCUGCUGAGCCUGACCGACGUGCUGGUGACCACCAGCCAGUCCACGUUCGGGUACGUCGCCCAGGGGCUCGGUGGCCUGAGGCCGUGGGUGAUGUACAAGCCAGCCAACGGCACAGUGGUGCCGGAUCCGCCGUGCCGCCGGGACGUGUCAAUGGAGCCGUGCUUUUUCCAGCCGCCGAACUACAACCUCUGGCAGGACCAAUGGCUGGAUGCCAGUAAGAUUGUGCCACACGUCCAGCGCUGCCCCGACUUCCCCUGGGGGGGGCCUGAAACUUGUUGGUGCGAAUGA